AUGUCUAUUAGUCCAAAAGAAUUGCCUGAUUUUUCAAGCUUUGUAUGUCUAGACUCUAGAAAUGCACUUUUUAUUGGAGGAUAAAAAGCUAAAUUAGCAAGUGAUGAUGAAGAACUAGGUUUGAACACCAUAAUUCAUGUAGAUCUUUUGAAAAUAUAAGUUACAUAUUUAUAAGAGAACCUAGCAUAUCCUAGACUAAAAAUUAAAUCGAUUCAUUGCAAAAAUUAGAGCAAAAUAUAUGUUAUUGGGGGUUAUCAUAAUUAAGUACAAAUGUCAAACAAGGUUGAGAUGUUAGAUAUAAGAAGAUUAAAUAAUAAAGAAAAAUCAUUAACUGUUAGGACAGUAUCAUCCCUAAACUAACCAAGAGCAGGUUUUGGGGUUUGUUCAAUUAAGGAUCGUUACCUUUAUGUAUUUGGUGGCUAUUCAAUUAAAUCUCUAAGAUAAAGUGGAGCCUAGCUAGAUACCCUAUUCCCUGUUAAUACUAUAGAAAGACUUGAAACAACUACAGAAUUACAGGCUCAAUAAAAAUGGUCAAAAAUAGAUAUAAAUGGCAAUUAUAAUUGCAGCUUGAUUAAUAACAUGAUGUAAUUUAAAGUAUGCCAAUUUACACAUUAAAGAGAGGAAAGAGUGUUAAUACUAGGAGGGGAAAAUUUCACUGAAGGCUAAAUAAGCAAUCAAAUUCUUGAAAUAAAGAUUAAGGAGCCUAACGGUAUCUUUGAGGAGAUAUCCUUUGAGAAAUCAGAGCUAUAGAUAAGUAGUGACACUAUAUUUUAAUAGGGUUUUAUACAAACCAUCAAAAUUGACAAUUAUCUGUAUAUGAUGACUGGAUAUAGGCAUAUUGAAGCUUUUGAUCUAAAUACAAGUAAGAACAACAUUGUUUGUUGA